CACUCUUUUCUUUCCUUUCAAGGGUGUUUCGCGUAUCCAAAGGUGUGUGUACAUGUACGUACUUGCGACUCUGCGAACGUUAAAUUCGCAGACUUUCCAUGACAUGCGUGUUUUUGUUUAAAAGUCGUCUUGGUUGGCUCGUUGUAUUAGAGAUUUUUAGGCGUGUGAAUGUUAUUGACUCGCUCGUGGCAUGCGCGCGAGUAUAUAGGAGUGUAAUUUUUAUAUUCGUUCUCUCAUUCGUCAAUUAGUGCAAUUGAAGACUUUUAAUUGGAAGACUGUCGUUUAUUGUUGGCCCAGCAGAUAUUUGGAGGAGGAUUCAUUAAUGGCUUUAAACAACAUCAUGAGUUCAGGUAGGCCGAUCAAGUGCGUCGUAGUUGGAGAUGGCACGGUAGGCAAAACAUGUAUGCUGAUUUCUUAUACAACGGAUAGUUUUCCUGGAGAAUAUGUGCCUACAGUGUUCGAUAAUUACUCAGCUCCGAUGGUAGUCGAUGGUAUUCCAGUUAGUUUAGGACUAUGGGAUACAGCAGGUCAAGAGGAUUAUGAUAGACUCCGACCCCUAUCUUAUCCACAAACAGAUGUAUUUCUUAUUUGCUUCUCUGUUACAAGUCCAUCGUCAUUUGAAAAUGUUACUAGUAAAUGGUAUCCAGAAAUUAAACACCAUUGUCCAGAUGCACCAAUGAUACUCGUUGGAACAAAAAUUGAUUUACGAGAUGAUCGUGAAACAUUAACAGCAUUGGCUGAACAGGGACUUAGUGCCAUUAAACGUGAACAAGGCCAGAAAUUAGCUAAUAAGAUACGUGCUGUUAAAUAUAUGGAAUGCUCUGCUUUAACACAACGUGGCUUAAAACAAGUUUUUGAUGAAGCAGUUCGAGCAGUACUUCGACCUGAACCCCAAAAGCGUAGACAACGAAGGUGCAGCUUGUUAUAAAUUGAACGGUUAUAAGCUGAUAAACAGGCAAGAACAAAAUUAUACUAAAGAAACGAAAUAAAUUAAAUAAGCGUUUAUAAUUUUAAUUUAACAACAAAAGAGGGCACAAUCUUUACGGACUAUAAUAUUUCAUUGACACCACUAUUAAAAUAGUU